AUGCCCCUCUACGAGCUCUUCUGUAUCGCCUCGCAUAAUCCCACUUCGCCGGCAAACUUGCGACAACUUAUCGAUGGUAUCGCUAGGCAAAUACAUUCCUCGGGCGGUGUCGUACGGGAUAUGAAGUCUCUGGGCGUGGGAUUGACAUUACCGAUGCGGAUGCGGGCGAACCAGCAAUAUCAUACUCGCGGAGACCAUUUCACCAUGCUGUUCGAUACAUCACCACCUGUGCUCAAGCGAUUAGAGGGGACAUUACGCGCCGACCCACUUGUCGUCAGGUGGACAACGUUGAAGAAGGGCGAAGCAAUAAAGGACCUCAACCCGACACCGGACCCAACGAUAAAAUGGGAGCAUCCCACCAACAGGUCGUACUCAGAGUACUAG